AUGACAACAUGAGCUAGUCUAGGCCUUCAAGAUAGAGCAUCACCUCUUAUAGAACAAUUAACGUUUUUUCACGAUCACGCACUUAUAAUUCUAGUAAUAAUUACAACUUUAGUUGGAUAUUUAAUAUUUAUAUUAUUUUUUAAUUCUUACACAAAUCGAAAUUUAUUACAUGGACAAACUAUUGAAAUAAUUUGAACUAUUUUACCAGCUAUUGUUUUAUUAUUUAUUGCUUUUCCUUCUCUUCGGUUAUUAUAUUUAUUAGAUGAAAUUAAUGAACCUUCUAUCACUUUAAAAGCUAUUGGUCAUCAAUGAUACUGAAGCUACGAAUAUUCAGAUUUUAUAAACGUAGAAUUUGAUUCUUAUAUAAUCCCAACAAAUGAAUUAUCAAAUGAUGGUUUCCGUUUAUUAGAUGUAGAUAAUCGAAUUAUUUUACCUAUAAAUUCACAAAUUCGUAUUUUAGUGACAGCCGCAGAUGUAAUUCAUUCUUGAACUAUCCCAGCUCUAGGAGUAAAAGUUGAUGGAACUCCUGGGCGUCUAAAUCAAACUAAUUUUUUAAUAAAUCGACCUGGCUUAUUUUAUGGUCAAUGUUCAGAAAUUUGUGGAGCUAACCAUAGUUUUAUACCAAUUGUAAUUGAAAGAAUUCCUACAAAUUAUUUUAUUAAAUGAAUCACUAGCAGAGUUAAUUAA